AGCGCAUUAUGUUGGUUCGUUACAAUUAUGUUCAGCUGCCAUACCCAUUCAUGCAAUUAUGAAAGCGAUGAUUGUUGUGCUAUGUGGCUCAACCGUAGUUACGGAGGAUCGAUGUCAGAUAGCAUUGACUUCCUUAGCUUAGUGUGAGCUGAAUACUUCUUACCUCAGUUAGCUGCGCACUUUGUGCAAUUCAGGGGCUGACACAUAUCUUUUCAAGCUGUCCUUGCGUACUGUGCAUUGGGAGCAACUACAUUUCAAGGCUGUUUCACUCUAAUAAUGUGAAUUUUGAGAACAGUUUUGAUGGAUGUUCCAGCUGUUGUUGACCGUUGUAGUCAUUCUGUGUAGCGUCAGCAGCAGCUCCGCGGCCAACAAGGUAGCUCGGCUAGCCAAAAGCCACUUCGCACAACAUGGCGUGCGACUCCCAACGCGGAAGUUCAUGGAGGCAAUGCGUGCGGCGGCCGUUGACAUUUCGGAGGCCAGCUGCCGCAAGAGCUUGGUCAUAAUAGGAAUGGCCAACGAGGAGGCCUUAAACCAUACUGUACCUCUCUUCCUAGAGAGCUUGAGGCGCGUGCAAAUCACUAGCGGACAGCACGCUGGCCAAACCCUCGAUGGACGACUGGUCCUGGUGGCAUGGUCCCUAGAAGCGCUUGCGGCCUGCAGCGCGCUGCAAGCGACGUACAGCCACCAGUGCGUUCGGGACGCAGAGCACCCUUCGCCAAAAGGGUCCUUCGGCUUUCACAGCCACGGCUUCAACGUACUAGGCUUCGCCAAGAUCAAGUACAUCCUGAACGGCCUCUCCGCCGGCCACGACGUGGUGUUCCUGGACACCGACCUGCUGCUGCUGCGCGACCCGCUGCCGUACUUGCUGGGGCAGGGCGGCGACAUGUACGGCGCCAUGGAGAAGUGCAUGGUGGUGAACGCCAGCCUGCACCUGCACGCGCGGGAGUACGUGGCGGGGGGGCGCAAGGCGCCGCCGCUCAACAUCGGCGUGCUGUACUUCAAGGCGACUGCGGGAGUGACACGCUGUGUGUAUAACUGGGCGUGGGACAUGUUGAAUGAAGCGCCCUUUCGGCCCAUGAUCUGGGACCAGGACAUCUACGGCAAGAUCAUGGCCAAGUGCGCCCUCACACACAACCUGCGCUGGAAGGCCCUCGACCCACGGGUCUUCCAGUCGGCUUGCUUCCCCGCCUGCGGCUGCACCUUCACUGACGCCGAGAUGGUUCCGGAGCGGUUCGGCAACUUCAGCCGCGGCAUGCCAUUCAUUGGAGACCACGAGUGCGGUCCACAGCACUGGGGUGACUGGAUUGUACGGCAUUUCCCCUGCUCCGGAAGCACCAAGACCAAGGGCGAGUUCAUGAGCAACAUGCUGCAGGGGGUGUUGGAGGGCAAGCCGGUGCAGAUUACUCGGAAGUGGUGAGGAGGAGAGGAAGGAUGGGAGAAAGAGGGGGAUAAAAGAAGGAAACUGAAGAAAGAGGGGGAGGAGGGGAGUCUGAGAGGAUGGGAUCAGGGUGAGUGGAGGUAGGGAGAGGAAGGGAGAUGGUGUUGGCUGUGAGAGGAAGGGUGGUGUCCGUGGUGUAUAUGUGAAGUUGGCGUGGGUGGAUUUGUAACCCUGCCCCGAGUUAGCGGUUGAUUUUGCUGCAGUGAUCGUAAGGUUUGUGUACGGCUCGUGGAAGGGUAUUGACGACGUCGUGUUGUUGCAGAGGAUUGCUCAGGUUGGGUUGCCCUGUUAGAUGUAGCAGUGUCGGUCGGCAUGUUUUACAGGGGCAGCGGGGGGACGCGCCCGGUGAGACACUAUCACAGGGAACUAUUCAAUUCAUUUUACCACGUACUCACGCUACGUAAUGCUCGAAUGCUUAGUCGGUAGUAACGGAUUGGGUAUUUGCCACCGCUCCUUAUAACCCUAGGUAAACAAAAUUAGUAAUUUGCGGCAGCGCAUGAUGGUUUCGGUGCGGCUGCCGUACAGUUCCUAUAUAUCCCUGGCUAAACAUUGUAGGGCCCUCGCGAAUUCCAAUCGUCGCUGUGCUGCUGCGCCGCUAAAACAGCCAA